AUGGCCGUUCCGAGACGUCUUAGCGAUCGGCGAUGGGGAUCAGCGAGUCGGUGUCGGGACGAAGCCGAUAGCGUGUUCGGGCAGCAGCAGCGCGGGAUCCGGAGCGUGCAGGGGACGAGGGCGAGAGAGCAAGCGUCUUGGAUGGAGAGCAGGCAGGGACUACGCCAUGAUAAGGCCCUCGCUCUCGCUGGCCUUCCCCCAGGGCCGCUGCAACCAAGGAACACAGGUGCAUCUGACAAACCCCCCCCCCCAGGCGGGAAGCGACGGCCGGCGCCCCUUCCCCCCUGUCUGCCCGCUGAUUGGGCCGGACGCGACUGGCUGCCUCGCACCACGCCCUCACCUCGAGCAGCCGUCAUGGAAAUCAUGGGAAUUCGCCCCUCGCCGGCAGCAGGGACUCGCCGAUUACAAGGCCCAUAUCAGCAACCCUCCAUAUCGGCUCCUCACGCUGCGCCAUCCGUCCUUCCAUGCCUCGCACCCACAACUCCCCAUUGGCGUUAUCGUGCCGCGGGGGUCGUCACGCCGCCGCCAAAAAAGGUCCGACUUCGCUGUGUGCAGGUUGAGGGGACAAAACUCCGCACCAUCAACAGCCUCGACACACGUGUUUGUCCGACAGGCUCCCUCUGCAAGACAUCCAUCCCGCAAUGGACCAACAUGCCCCAUCACCCGAAGCGUGACGUGAGCACUGCGACACCCUGCCCCGCGUGGACAAGCCCUCACCCGUGA